GUCUUCUAGAAUCUUACAACACCCCAACUAUAACUGUAACACUAGAGAGAGGCUUUGGAUUUUGAAUACUCAGAAGAAGAAAUGGAGAACAAAGUGGAUGAGGUUGUUGCUAUUGAGCUCCCUGCUCCUCCUGCUUGGAAGAAGAAGAAGUUUUUACCCAAAACGGGAGUUACACCAAGGAAAAACGAAGUCAUGUUCGUUUCUCCAACUGGGGUGGAGAUAAAUAAUAAAAAACAAUUGGAGCAGUACCUAAAAUCACAUCCUGGUAGCCCUGCAUUGUCAGAGUUUGAUUGGGGUACUGGUGAAACCCCGAGGAGAUCAUCCAGGAUCAGUGAAAAGGUCAAGACGACUCCUCCUCCACCGGAGAAUGAGCCUUUAAAGAAAAGAGGCCGGAAAUCAUCAGGUUCAAAGGACAAUAAAGUGGAGACUACUGAUGCAGGAGAUGGUACAAAUGACACUGAAAUGAAAGAUGCAGAAGCUGAGAAACAGGUUGAGAAUGGAGGAAAAUCACCAGAAGAAACUGAGCAAAUUAAGACCACAGAUACCAAAACUGAAGAAACUAUCCCCGAGGAUGGGAAGAAUGAGAGUCAGACUGAUGCCAAGGAAACUCAAGGUGAAGAAAAAGAUGAAAAAUCAAAUGGUGUUGCAGCAGAGGACCAAACUGCCGAAGUAGCUUUGGCUACUGAGGUAACUGAAAAGAACAAAGAAGACGUGCCACAAGCUGAGGGAGAGGAAGGAAAUGGCUGUACUGACAAGAAACAGGAUGAAAUAUCUGCUGUGACCAUUGAAGCAAAUGGAGCACCAGAGAAGGGGACAGCACCAUCUCUGGAGGAAAAGAUCAAUGAGAAACGAUAUGUAUUAGAGGUCGUUGGGAAGACCGAUGCUCCAGCUGAGGAGAAUAUGAAUACAAAGGAUGGGGAGGUAGUUGAAAAUGGUAAGGUUGCCCAAGUGAUUAAACCUGAUGCGGCAUAAUGUCCAUAAUCCUUUCCCUUGAGCUGCUGAAUAUACUGUACUACCUUUCCAGUGAUCUUGUGAAAUGGACUGAUUUACCUUUUUCUGUGGUCAGGCUCUUAGUCUAUGUUGAACUUUUUGCUCCUAUUCAGUAACUCUGGGACUUGUGGAUAAUUGCAACGUUGAUGUUAGAUUUAAUUGUAUGUAGGUAACCAACCUGUAAUCUCUGGUAGAUAGGUCGUACAGGCAGAUUCUGCAGCCUUAUGCUCUGCAGAUGAGCUUUGAAUUUAGAACAUAAGAGAUUGCUUAUUAGGUUGGUGCUUUUGUCUUUUGUCAUGGACUUCGUUUUUUACUUUGUUAAUGUUAACUGAUGUUUAGUAGUUU